UAUUAAACAGAAGGUUUUAAUAAUUGAUAGAAAGGAAGACAGUGAGCUAUUUUAUGGGGCAAAUGGAUGUGUCAAAGUGAAGCAAGACAUAUUUUGUAGAGUCUCUUCUACACUGAAGUGAUUAGAGGUCAUCAUGAUUCCUAACAAACAAACAAACAUGAUGGAUGACAGCAUGCAGAUAGUGCUAGCUGUUGUUAGUUCCAUAGCUUCUGUAUUCAUCCUGCUGCUGGCUGUAUUUGUGUGUGCCUGUUGCUGGCAAAAGAAACGUAGCAGUGAUGAGGAACAAGUAGAUAAACUGGUACAGAAGUAUGCACCACAGGACACGGAUACCAGGCAGCUUGGGAAGAGGUCAUGGGAAGAUAAGGAUUCCACGGUGGGGUUUCAGUCUGGUUCCCCUAUGUACAGAAGGAAAACUAUCAAAUUUGAGAGGCCUAGCCGUAACCCUGUUGUUGCAGAACAUGUUCAGCCAUCAUCAUCGACACAUUCUGCCUUGAACGAUUCUCUAGGAAUGAGGAAUCCAGGAACCUACCAGUCCAUAAACUCAGCAGGACCUCAAACCCAUCGAAGAGACUCUAGGCUUGUGCAACUUCAAGAUGAGACAUUAUCACAAUCAAACUCACAAAAGUCUACAACAAGUACAGAUGAAGAAAAUGGCAGUGUUUGGAAGGGAAUGAAAAACUUCGCUAAUAUGUUAAUGGAAGAUCCAGUUGUUGAAGAGGAGUUACCUCCCCCUGAUCCUACAGAAGGCGUUGAUUGUGGAUUAGGAAAAUUACAAAUAUCACUUAGUUAUGAUUUUCAGACUUUAACAUUAACGUUAAAAGUGCUACAAGCAACAAAUUUAAUUGCCAAAGACUUUUCGGGAACUAGUGACCCUUAUGUUAAAAUAUUAUUACUACCCGAUAAAAAACAUAAACUUUUAACAAAAGUGAAGAAACGCAAUCUCAACCCAAGAUGGAAUGAAUGUUUCCUCUUUGAAGGUUGGCCGCAUAACAAGUUAUUGGAGAAGACAUUAUAUUUACAAGUAAUAGAUUAUGACAGAUUUAGUCGAGAUGACCCUAUAGGAGAAACUUACAUUCCUCUUAAUGAAAUAGAUUUGUCACAAUCUCCUGUGAUGUGGAGGUUUUUACAACCAUGUAAAGACAGUAGGGGUAAAUUAGGAGAACUCUUGCUGUCAUUGUCCUACCAGCCUGCAGUAGGACGUCUCACUGUGAUAGUGAUGAAAGCCAAAGAUCUCAAGGCAAAAGACAUAACUGGUGCUUCAGUAUUGUUUAGGCGGAUCAAGUAUGGCACAUCAGAUCCCUAUGUCAAGUUAUGGCUGAUGUAUGGGAAUGCUAAGACAGAGAAGAAGAAAACGUCAAUCAAAAUGAGAACAUUGAAUCCAGUGUACAAUGAAUCGUUCAUCUUUGAGAUUCCAUGGGAGAGGAUUAGAGAGGCUACAAUUGAAGUGACAGUCAUGGACUUCGACAAAGUGGGACGCAAUGAAAUGAUUGGCAAAGUUAUGUUAGGUAGCAAAAGUGGACCUUUAGAAUCUCGACACUGGAACGAUAUGAUCACAAAGCCACGACAGCAAGUGGCUCAGUGGCAUCUGUUAAAAGACUGAUGACUUCAGUGCCUCAUCCACAAGCUUCACUGUGGCAUAUGUCAAAGGGCUAAAAUCAGUUGUCAUUCAUUUAUAUGUACUCUAUGCAGAAACAUAUCUGCCAAGCUAUAAUUAUCUGCAGCAGUUUGAGAACAUUUCUGUAAUAAAUAAUGCCUCAUUUCAGGUUUUCUGGUGAGUGCAGACAUUAACACUUAUUGAUAUAGUCCACAUUUUCAUUUCAUUGUCCAAGUUCAAUCAAGAAAAUGUAAAAAAGACGGAUAUCAUCCUAAAACCAAUCUGCAAAAUUGAGUUGGAAUAUCUCACUUAUAGUUCCCAUUUGUAUUCUGCCAUUUUGUCUUUUAUUUAUCCAUGUCAGCAGCGAUAGGAAAUUUAAGCACAUUCAUAUGCACAAUUAUCUCCCCCUUUUUGUAUCUUCUUCCUGGUGGAAUUACUUCUGUAAAUGACUAUAUGAAUGCUUUAUUUGUUCAAAUUUUGUACCACGAUACCAUAACUAUAAUUAACUUCAGAUUUCUUCAAUACCACUUAAUUUGUAUAUUUGUCUAAUGACCGUAUAUACAUUUAUAUUUACGUUAAAUAAACUGAAUAUUCUCCAUUAUUUCAAUAACUUUUAAUGUGGUUUAUAAUGUAAAUACAAGCAGACGAUAGGAAUUAUAUUCUUUAUGAAAAAAAAAAUUCAAUUAAGAAAUGAUGAAAAACAAAUUUUUUAAAUAUUCAAAUUGGUUCAUAGGAUUAGAGUUCUAUCAUAAUCUCAUAAAGUAUUUAAAACCAUAUGUCUUACUAAUAAUGGUUAGGGAAAUUCAAGUUUUAAAUAAAGAUAAGAGGAUAAAGCUCCAUUUAGGAUUCUAGGUAAUCAUGAGAGGAUUAAUGGAGACUCAAGUAGCAGAAAUGAUGUUGAUUUUUGUUGAUAUUUGAAAACUAUAGAGUCUCGUUCAAUUAAGUUAUUAAAUUAUUUUGCUCUCAUUAUAGGCUAAUUUGACUUGUCUUGUUGAUUAGUAUUAUGCUUCCAUAGCUAAAUGGAUAUUAGUUCUGAUAUCAACCUUGUGUCUUCUCAACCACUCACCAGAAAUCUAUUACUUAAGGUAUAUAGCUGUGGCUAAUUGUCAAGUAUAAUAUUAUGAUGCAGUGUUAAUAUAGGCAAUAAUUGUAGUAAAUGCUUUAAGGAUGUCCACAAACUGUUCUUAAAAGUCACAAACAAAUGCACUAUUAAUGAAAAUUCUAUAAUAAUCACAUUUGGUUGUAUGUCAACUCAAGUUUUUGGACACAUGUAUCAAAUUCAGGACAAAGUUUUUUGGAAUUUACUUGUUUAUAUAGUAAGAUUUGUAUAAUAUUUAUGAAAGGAUAAGCUGUUUGUAUAGUAAGAUUUCUAUAAUAUGUAUAAAAGGAUGAUUUAUUUGUAAAGUAAAAUUUCUAUGAUAUGUAUGAAAGCAUGAUCUGUAACAGUUUGUAUAGUAAGAUUUCUAUGAUAUUUAUGGAAGGAUAUUUUUAAGUUGGACAUUUUUAUAAAUAGUUGUUAUGAAUAAUUAUGUUUCAAAAUCUAUAAAUAGUUUUCUAUACAUAUUUGAAGGGAGUUGAACUUCCAGAUUUCGUGUUUGUAUUCAGUGUUUUUCCCCUAUACAUGUUUAUUCUCUUUUGGAUUACAACUCUUGUGAAACUAUAAACAAAUGUUGAAUUUGUAUUAAUUUUCUCCAGAUAUUAUGAUUGUGUGAUAAGGUAAAUUUUUGUUGAAUCUCUAAUGUGGAAGAGUUGAUGAGAUAUAUAUAUAUAUAUAUAUAUAUAUAUAUGUACUUUGAUACAGGCAUUGAUUUCAACAUACUUUUUUCUAAAUAUUCUGACAGAUAAGACUUAACUUUUUUUCAAAUAAAGAAAGUUAACUAUAAAGAAUGCAUUUCUGUAAGGUUUUAUUUUAUGUAAUUUUCUUUGUCUUAUUUAUUUAAUCAUGAGGGGGAAGGGGGAGGGGGUAGCAGGGAGACCAAUAGGCAAAAUAUUUUUGCAAUGAAAACCAGUCUACAAGUAUGUCUGGUUUGUCUAAAAAGCAAAUUAUGUGUAUGCAAUUUAAAUAGAAUUCUAAUUUAAUUUGAUAUGAUAUGAAACAUCACUUUUGAUUGGAUGAUAUCUGGUUGUCUGUUCCAGUAAUUGUCGACUACAUUCCAUUAUCAAAGUCAACUUUUUAGGGAUAAUUCAAAUCUUUUUAAUUGGAACAUUGUAUUAGUACAUGUAUUACAUAAGAAAAGUUACAGUACUUUUUUUAAUGAGUUGCCACUGUCAAUUGGGGAGUAGACAGUCACAAAUCUCUAAUAAAUUUAAACCCAGGAGUGUUAUUCCUUAUAAUUCUCAAGUGAAAACUAAGAGUGAACGAAAGAAUAAAAUAAGAGUCAAAAUAUGUAUUCUCAUUUAUAAAGUGAAGUAAAAUGAUGUUAUAUUAUGUCAUAUUGAAGAUCUUCCAAUGGUAUGAGAAAUGUUGUAACAUCUGCCUGAGAGUAGAGCUUCAGUGUGAACACAAUGAAGGAAAUGUUUGAGUCAAUAGAUUAAGUAAUAUUGGACUGACAUAUGUUUCCCUUGUAUGAACAUAGAUAUUUACACUAGAAUAAUAGUUACUGUGAACAAGACAAUAUUCCUAACAACUCAAAAAUUAAUAAUUUAUAGGGCUUUGUGUUUUUGACUUAUUGACAAUUUUCUCCUUCUCUGUCCUACUAAUUUAUCAACUGUAGUAUGUUUGUAUUUAUAAUAAAUUAAACUGAUUUUUAAUAGAUGUACAAAAUCAAUGCUAUAUAUAUAUAUAUAUAUAUAUAUAUAUACUUUAGUUUAAUAUUUUGACUGUGAUCCACCUUGUUCUAAAGGAUAAUAUUUUUUUUUUCAUUUGUUAAAUCUUUUCACCUAUCAGAUGCAAAAUAAAUUGUCCUUAAUUGUA